UUAUUUCAUGUAAUAACAAUAAUGGACCUCUGUCUGGAUCUGUAAGAGCUAUCUAUCUCUCCCUCGAAUCUGCCUGUCUCUGUCCAUAAUGUCUGUAUUGCCGCAGCCGUUGUGCAAAAACGAAACCAAAACUAUAUCCCCAGCCUGCCCUCUGUUUCGUCUUAUAAUAAUAGAUACUCUGGCUGCCGAAAGAUGCAGUCUGCAGAAGUAGUUGUUGCUGAUGGAGUCUGACCAUGGAUGAGGAGGUUGACCCUGAGGACAAAAAUGUGAACUCCGUGUUGGCUCAGGAAUCAUCAGAACUGCUUCAAAUCAUUAGCGGUCAGUCUCCCGCAGUCAUAAGGAAGGUUUGCCAAAUGAUGCCCAGUGAUGGAAGGAGGAACAUCAACCUGGAUCCCAGUAGCUCCUCGGCCGCAGCAGUAACACAACACAUCAAAGCCGUGUUGGAGUACUUCAGGGUGGCCAACCCUACGGAUUGCUGCAACUUCCUUCAGAGCAUGUGUAUGCUGUGUGUGAACAUCCCCAUGCGUUUGGAGUCAAGGCUCAUUUCAGCGGCUGGCUAUGCAAAUAAUGCUUCCACUCCCAGUGUUACGGAUGGCCAGUCGUCUUCGCCGCCUUCAGAGCAGCAGCUCAUCAAACGCCCACGGAUUGAUCACUGGCAGCAGUACAUUGCUGGAGUGAGGCUUUUAAUGCAGAGGAGGUGGGAGCGACUCAGUGUGCGCCUGGUGGGGGACGUCCAGCUGGAGAAUGUGUGGGUCAGCCUGAGAACCACAAACAGAGGCAGGGACAGACCUGAUCAAACCCCUGGACCAGCAGACAAAGGGGGCAGAACACCAGAGCCGAGUGGUGAUUGUGGGUUUAUGGAUUCCAGAGUGACAUUGGAGACGUUCCUCCAGGGAUGUGCAGGGAAGGUGACAGUCCUCGUUGGUCAGGCUGGAUCAGGAAAAACUCUGCUGAUGUCUUGUUUAGGACAGCAGUGGGCACAGGGACUAGGCCCUAUCCCUUCGUCUUACCUGUUUGUGCUGCUGGAGUUUCGUCAGCUCAACGUACUGUCCUGCCUUCUCUCCCUGUCUGAGCUGCUAUUCCAACACUACCUCCCUGUGAAAGGGGGCGACGACGAAAAGAGAGACAUUGUGGAUUACCUCAUCUCCAAUCCAGAGCAAAGCUGUUGGGUGCUGGAUGGCUAUGAUGAGUUUCACAGCAAACUCACUAAACAAGAGGUUCAGAGUGAGCUGUUGGACGCAGAAAAGCCUCUGCCUGUUGCAGACCUCGUGUCAGGGCUGUUAAAUCGUCAGCUUCUUCCAGGAUGCACUGUGGUGGUCACUUGUCGUGCACGCAAGGUCAGCGAUUUGGAAGGCAUAUCAGACAAAGUGGGGCAUCUGCUGGGGUGGGACUGCCAUGAGAUCAAGGAGUAUGUGGAGAACUUCUUUGGAGCACAAGGUCACUCAGCAAACAGAGCUCUUUGGGCACAAGCAGCAGAUCUCCUUCUUUCCAGUCGACACUUACUCGCCAUGUCCUCCCUCCCUGCCCUCUGCAACAUCUGCUGCAUCUGUCUGGAGCAUUUACUGCUGGAAGGGAGAGACCCAGGAAGCACGCAGACACUGGAAAAAAGAGAAAGUGAGACAAGGAGAAAAGCGAGAGGGAAAGAAGAAAAAGAAGUACAGAUUUCAGGAGGAGGAAGAGGAGAAGAGGGCAGUAGAGGAGAGAGUUGUGUACAAAGGGGAGAUCAAAGUGGAGGGAGUGAAGGCAUAAUGAUGGAUGGAACAAAUGGUAGAGCCCAGCUACCUCCCACAGAAGCCCAGAUUCCCCCCACCCUCACCCAGGUCUACCUCACUGUUCUCUGUGCAUUUCUCAGCCGUGUCUCCAAUACAACAGGAGGCAAUGAGGGGUCAACGACCCCAAGAAUUCCACAGAGUAUUGUGUGCAUGCUGAGACAGUAUCGAUCUGACUUGUGUGAGCUGAGUCAGCUGGCCUGGAAAGGCUUAGAAGACAGCAAGAUCCUCUUCAUGGAAGAAGACAUUUCUCCGGCUGUUUUGGAGUUUGCAAUCAGGACAGGGCUAUUCUCGCAGGUGGAGGUCAGAAGUGAGGAUGGGAUGCUUGUCAACUCCUACUGCUUCAUUCAUCUGACAUUACAGGAGUUUUUGGCUGCACUCAAAACUAUGACCAGUGCUGAUGUUAGUGACACGCAGCUCAAGAAGAGAUUCAGUCUGAGAACUCGCUGGAUGACCAAGUCAGACCAGAGGACACUCUUUACUGACUCCCUGCACCUGUAUGUCUGUGGUCUGGCUUCCCCACUCUGCACUCCGGCCUUAGUUCAAUUAGCCAGGACCCCUGGUGGAUCAGGAGGAGAAAGUUGGGUCCAAAAACGGCAAACUCUCGUUCUGAAACUGCUAAAAAACCUUUGUCAAAGCAACACCCUGACUGGACCAAAGAUAUUGGAGCUUUGCCACUGUGUCCAGGAGAGCCAGGACCACCAACUAGCUAAGCAGGUUGUGGCUGCGAGACCCACCCUGGAGCUGCGCAACAUCUGGCUAUUACCUAAUGAUAUGGAUGCUCUGGCUUUUGUAGUUAACUCAGCAGGUGAUACUGGCAUUGGAUUGGACUUUGGAGCAUGCUCAAUGGAGUUGGAGUGUUUAGAUGUCCUGUCCAGGUGUCAGUACAUUCACUGCCUCAGUUUUCGCAGCCGCAAGUAUGGCGACACGUUUGCUGAGAAGUUGUCCUCCGUUUUGCCAAAAUUCACAACCCUGAGAAAACUAGAAUUUUGUGGAGCCAGUCUGACCGCCACAGGAGCCGCUAGUUUGGCCUCCGCUCUCCAGGACUGUCCAGACAUCACUGACAUCAAUCUGAGCGACAACAAUUUGACAGAUGAAGGGAUCGAACACAUAGCUGAUAUUUUUACCAAACAACCCAGACAGGUCUUGGUUAUGUUGGGUCGAAACAACAGCUCUCUGGAAGCAGUGGACUACCUCAUCGGGAAAAUGUCUUCAUGUUUCAACAUCCAGCACAUUAAUGCAGAUGGGACGAAGGAAUUGACAGUACAUUUUUCCCAAAUCUCUGAUUUGAACAGUAGUAAAACUAAGUCUGACCCAACAAUCAGCUUGUUGAACCAGAAAUGGAGCAAGCCUGAGAUGCAAAGACUUGCAAAGUCGUUGGCACGUUGCCCCGCCUUGUCUGUCCUGGAUAUAUCUGGAGGCCAUUUGGAUGUUGAAACUCUGAGGACGCUGACAAAGUUUUUGCCAAAGUUCAACGUUACAAAAAGCAUCAUUGCGAAUGACUGCUGCUCUUCAGUGGAGGGUUUGGUGAUUCUGACUGCUCUGCUGUCUGAUUGUCCUGCUUUGGUGGAGCUUAAUAUCAGACUACAGACUCCUGUCCAGGUGUCCGUAGUGUUUUCAGGAGGGAGAAAAAAACCUGCAAAUGAAAUAUCUAAAAUGCUUUGUCUCAGCAGCUGUGGUCUGCUGCCUACUCAUCUGAAGAGAGUGUGGAGCAGUUUGGGAACCUCCUCUGAUCUCACUUUGCUGGAUCUGUCCAGUAACCGUUUAGGCAAUACAGGUCUGGGGAAGCUGUUGGAGGCCCUGCCUCGUCUUGGUAAAAUCCAGGAAGUAAACGCCAGUAACAAUGGGAUUGGCAUGGAAGGAGUGGUGAUGCUGGCUGGUGCUUUGUGCUCCCAUAACACCUUAACUCAAAUUCACAUCAGUGGUAGAGACAGAGAGCAGGUGAUCCUGAAGUUCUGCCCAGACAAAAGGGAUGAAAAACAGCAGCUAAAGACGUUCAGGAUAAACAGCAGCAGCCUCCUGCCGUCCAAUAUAACCUCACUCUGCAGACGAUUGGUCCGGUGUCGCUCGCAUUUGGAGUUAGAUUUGUCUCGUAGCCCAUUGACGGACGAGGCUAUCAAGAAUCUGCUGAAGGUGCUGCCGAAGAUGAUGUCACUGCAGAGACUCAAUGUCAGCCACAGCAUCACAUCCAGUGGAGCAGUGAUGUUGGUCAGAUGUUUGACUGUCAGUCAGCGAGUCACAUCAGUGGAGCUCAGGCCUCAGACUGAAUCCUCCGUCUGUUUUGACAGUGUGAAAGCAGAAGAAGCCAGCUGCAGGGUAACACAUUGUAGGCUGAACAAUGACAAUUUGGAGAGACUGCUCGAGAUCCUACAGCAGAGUCCCCAACUGUCUGACCUGGAUUUAUCAAGUAACCAACUGGAAGAUGAAGGAGUGAAGCGCUUUUUGGAUUCUCUACGAAAUCUCAAAAUCACCAGCUAUGUAAAUUUGAGCAACAAUAAUGUGACCCACCAGGGGGUGUUGGAUGUGGCCAGCACACUGUGCACCUGUAACAACGUCUGUGGUGUAGAAGUCAGUUUGGGAGCAGAGGAGAGGUGUCUCAUCUGGUUUACACAAGAUGAAGGUUGUGGAAAAACACUGAGCGUCAGAGACAGUAGUUUGGAACGUGACCAUCUGGUCAGAUUAGCAGAGAUCGUGUCUCCCUGUCCCAGUCUGACCAAACUGGAAUUCAAGAACAAUUUGCUGGAGUCUGAUUGGAUUAUAGACUUUGUGAAGCUGUUAAACAGCAGUCAGAGAGGAUGCAGUGUCAGUAUUGAGGAACGUUGGAUCAGAUCUGAGGAAGCUGUUAGUUUGGUGUGUCGCUGUCUGGAGUUCAGCAGCAACAUACACACUAUCAGGGUUCACCAGACCACGCUACACCUGUCUUUGAGGAAGUCAACUAAACUAACCUCAGUCAGCCUCGUGGACUGUGCAGUAGAAGGGUACCAGCUUGCCUCUUUGAGAAGCAUCAUCCCAAAGUGUCUUUUACUGACAGAGCUGGAUUUGUCCAACAAUAACUUGGGUAUGGAGGGAGCUGAGUUCCUUUAUUCUGUCCUGCCCCAGCUGCCAAAUCUCACUUCUCUAAGUCUUGGUUCCAAAGAGGCUUGUGUGACUCUGGUUGAGAAGCUCUCAGAGGCCUUGCUGCAGUCUACACACAUUCAGUGCUUAAAUCUAUCAGGUCAUGUGAUUAGUGACUCAGCAGCCCAGAUUAUGACCAGAAUGUUGCCCCGUCUGAAAUCAGUCAACCUGUCUCAUUGCGAGUGCUCAGCGGCCGCAAGGCUGCAGCUCGUCAAAGCUCUCGGAGAUUGUGUCAGUCUGGAAGGCCUUUGUCUGGACUCCUUACAGCUGAAUGAGGAGAGCAGAGUGUGCCUGGCAUACGCACUGAGAAAUAUCAACUCAAUCCGCAGCCUCAAGCUAAAUAAGAUUGCCACAUCAGUGGGGCCAUCAGAAGAAAACGGAGUGCUAGAUCUCCUCGCUGCUAUGGAGGGACUCACACGAAUGGAGGAGAUAGAGUUAGAGGGCUGGAGGAUGGCUGAUAGAGGAAUAGAGCUGUUGAGCAGACUCCUUCCUGUCUGGACGGAGCUCAAGAAGAUCAGUCUAUCAAAGAACCUUACCAGCGACCAAUCAGGAGCCAAGUUACUGGAAGCUUUGAAAAGCUGUAGUCACCUAGAAGAGCUCCAUCUGUCUAGCAACAGCCUCGGUGAUCUCACUGCUGCCAGGAUGGCCCUUGUUCUACCAUCACUGACACACAUCACUGUGUUGGAUAUUUCUGAGAACAGGAUUGGUGAUGAAGGGUCAGUAAGCCUGUCCAAAGCAAUAAUGUGCAUGAAGAACCUCACCACGAUUCAUCUGACCUCUGUUGGGACUUCAGAGCUGUGUGCUGUAGCUGCCAGUCUGGCCCACUGUCCCCUCAUACAGGAUGUGGGUCUGGGAUGGAAUAACUGUGGUGAUAAAGUGGCAGUGGAGCUGGCCAGAGUUAUGCCUCUCUGUCAGGAGCUGACCAGAAUAGAUCUGGAGUCGAACACUGUGAGUGUUUUUGGAGCGGAGGCCCUGGUUAGAGCCUUACAGUCAUGUCCUGCUCUGCAGCUCAUCAGGCUGUGGAGGAACAACAUUAUCCCCAGUGAGGCCCAGAGGCUCAGUCUGAGGGACAGGAGGCUGAACUUCUCAUCCACCUGAUGUGAUCUGUAUUGUUGACGAAGAGAAGUAACAUUUCAGUUCAUCACAAUCUGCAGGUAAAUCACUGCUCCAGCUACCAAUGAGUUCAAAUGUGUUUCCCUACAGCAUGACCACCAGAAAAGCAUGAGGAAUGAUCUAACAGAAAGUGAUUAAGAUCUCCAUGUAACAUUUUGUGUAACAUGUGUAUCUGAUGACUGCAGCAGCGGAUGCCUCUAAUAGUAUGAAGGAUUAAAAGACCACUAUGUUAGAGAACCCAUUUAGAUAUAUACAUCAUGUUUAUGAGUUCUUAUCCCUUUUGGGAUUUUCCUAAAAUGUCUUGACGUACAUAAUAAGAUCAUCUCUAAGUUAUUAAGACAGAUGUAUUUAAGUUAUUAUUUUUGAGAAAAGCAAACAUCUAUUUUUAAAACUAUUUAAAUGUAUGUCUGAUGCAUUAAUUGGCCUCUAGUUUCACAGAUGGUGUCAGCUGAAAGUAUGGCAGUGAAACAAUGUCGCUUUUGUCAACAGAUGUGUUAUGAAUAUAACAGUAAGAGAGUUUAGCGUUAACCAGUGCAUCACAACGUGUGACAAUAUACUUUGUUAGAUAUUAUAUCAGUCAUAAACUCACUGUUCAAGUAACUACAACAGAAUGUGUUGCUAUAUUAAUGUUACAUUUUAAAAAUUGGGAUAAGUACAGGUUGUACAAUAUAAAUACAAUACGGACGACAGAGAAAUACAUGAAGUUACUUUGGGGAUAUUCAAAAUUAUUCAAAUAAAUAAAUAUUAAUCCUUCAGCAACCGAUUCAAUCACUGAAAUACAAUUGUGAGUCAGUAAACCUAAAGGUCCCAAUUAGGAUAUUAUAUCGUUUAGUUGAUGAAGCACUUGCUAUUUGUGUUUCCAAGCAGCUUGCUUCUUGCUUUUAAGAAACCAAACACUAAUAUGAGGUUGUAGAAGACACAUUUCCUUAUGUUAUACUGCGACGAGGUUAACGAUAUCCCUAACAGCCCACAAAGCUUACUAUUUUGAAUCAGCCCAAACUUUUCUGUGUGGUUACUGCCGCUGCACAUACUGCCACCACCCUUUCCGCUGCCUCACACCGUCAUGAAACUAGAGGUCAUGAUGUUUUCCAUAAGUUUCAUAUGAGAAAAGAAUGUAUGUAUGCAGACUCUGAAACCCUUGAGUCACUUUGCACUGUAAUGUGUUUAGAAACACUAGAGGCCACAUUAGUGAAAACACAAUCAAUCAAAAACUCACAGUGAAGGAAGAGUUGAAAGAGAGCCCCCCCCCCCCUUCUCUCUGUUAUCUGCUCUUAUUGUCAUUUUAGGUUGUGGUCUCUAUACAAUUUGCAUAUUUAUUUCUGCUGAUAUCAUGGAAAGUUUUUUUAGUUUUUUACAAAAUGUAAUUAAAGAUGAUGAUAGUUACAUUGGACAAGAAGUGUGAAGCACUACACUCACAUAUAACAGGUUAGAGUCUCACUACUGUCAUGUUCAUGUUAUAAUGACGCUCAUUCUGAGAGGAAUGCACCUUAUUUCUUUCCCAUUCCUCUUUGUAUUGUUUGUAGCUUUUACAUUUCAUUCCGUUUCAUUUUGAUCUCUACAACUAUCACAGAGAGGGAUGUCCUGUGGUACUGUAGCUCAUCUGUUGAAAGUGGUUUUGCCUCUAUUCAUUUCAUUCUGACUUGCACUGAGGUGUUAAUUGAGAUAAAACAAUUAAAAAAAC